AUGAGAACAAUAGGUGAGAAUACCGCAUCAGCCUGUUACAAGGGGCCCAUUAAUCCCGAAAGGAAGUUGAUAAUUCUACCCAGUAAAACUGAAUGUAAACAUCAGACAUUUCCACAGACUCCGUUCACGCAUGCAUUGGACACUACACCUGCUGUGUCAACAAACGAAUUCGACAGCCCAUUA